AUGGUCUCUUCCUGCCUUCUGGAGCUUGUGGUUCUACAGCAGCCGGGUGAAUGUUCUCAGAAAUGCUACAACAUCUUCAUCAUCGAGACGAUCUGCGUGGCCUGGUUCUCUCUCGAGUUCUUCUUGAGAUUUGUCCAAGCCAAGAGCAAGUGGCAGUUCUUCAGGGGUCCCCUGAACAUCAUCGAUGUCUUGGCCAUCUUGCCGUAUUACGUUUCCCUCCUCGUGGAGGACGAGCAGAAGACCAUUCAGAAGCCGGGCAGCAACUCGUACCUGGAGAAGAUCGGUCUUGUGCUGCGGGUCUUGCGUGCCUUGAGGAUACUGUACGUCAUGCGGCUGGCCCGACACUCGCUGGGCCUGCAGACGCUGGGGCUGACGGUGCGCCGCUGCACCCGCGAGUUCGGCCUGCUCCUGCUCUUCCUCUGCGUGGCCGUCACGCUAUUCGCUCCUCUCGUCCACCUGGCGGAAAAUGAAAUGGGCCGGUGCCAGGAAUUUACCAGCGUCCCUGCGUCCUACUGGUGGGCCAUCAUCUCCAUGACGACGGUGGGCUACGGCGACAUGGUGCCCAGAAGUAUCCCGGGUCAGGUGGUGGCCCUGAGCAGCAUCCUGAGCGGCAUCUUAAUCAUGGCCUUCCCCGCCACCUCCAUCUUCCACACGUUCUCGCGCUCGUACGCUGAGCUGAAGCGUGACCAGGAGAGACUCCACAGUCGUCUUGUGAGGACAAAGGACGCCAACCAGUCGGGCGAGAGCGACACCUUCAACGACACGGACAGCCUCGUCUCCGAGGACACCUACAGGUACUUCUAUACCGGCAAGUAGGUGACACCCCCCAGACUUCCAGGACAAGCCAUGCGCCCCCAAUA